GUUGUCCUGCUGGUCACAGCCUUACGUAAUUGUUAUCCCACAUAAUUUCGAAAUAUUAAUACAAUUCCGACAACUUUCGAAUUCGGUACCUUUACCUCCAACAUGAAUGCUGAUAUCCGCAGAGAACGCGAAAACGCGUCUUUCAAGACCGAAGUGCUCACGCACAUUCUUGACGGAGGUCCGGAGAAAACGAAAAGGAGAAGAGAAAUCGAGAAUCUAGUGAUCAACGAUCCGGGCUUUCAGCACGAAGACCUCAAUUUCCUGUCCCGCAGCGAGCGCUAUGAUGCCGCAGUGAAGAAGAGUGCAUGGAUGAUCCUCAAACUACGGGAGUAUGGUAUCUCUGAUCCGGAAGAGAUCUUUUUCUACAAGAGCUUUGUGCAUCGUGGGCGCCCAGAGCCCUUGGACCUUCACCUCGGAAUGUUCCUGCCCACACUGUUGAACCAGGCAACACCUGAGCAGCAGGAUGCCUUCUUCAUGCCUGCGUGGAACUUGAAGAUCAUCGGCACAUAUGCUCAGACAGAGAUGGGUCACGGCACCCACAUCCGUGGGCUGGAGACCACUGCAACCUAUGACCCAUCUACCCAGGAAUUUGUACUGAACAGCCCCACAGUAACGUCAAUAAAGUGGUGGCCAGGAGGAUUGGGCAAGACAUCGAACCAUGCUGUGGUCCUGGCUCAGCUGUAUACCCAGGGGAACUGCCAUGGUCUGCAUGCUUUCAUCGUGCCUAUCCGAUGCAUGACCACACACAAGCCGCUGCCAGGUGUGGUGGUGGGAGACAUUGGGCCCAAGUUUGGCUUUGAUGAGGUGGACAAUGGAUUCCUAAAACUGGAGAAUGUACGAAUCCCUCGGGAAAACAUGCUGAUGAAAUAUGCCAAGGUAGAACCAGAUGGGACCUAUAAGAAACCACCAAGUGACAAGCUGACCUACAGCACCAUGGUGUUCAUCCGCUCAAUGAUUGUUGGGGAGUCUGCCCGAUCUCUGUCAAAAGCAUGCAUGAUUGCCAUCCGCUACAGUGCUGUCCGGCACCAGUCAGAACUGCGGGCUGGUGAGCCAGAGCCUCAGAUCUUGGACUACCAGACCCAGCAGUACAAAUUGUUCCCACUGUUGGCAGCUGCCUACGCAUUCCACUUCAUGGGCCAAUACAUGAUCCAGAUGUACCACCGCAUCAGUGGGGACAUCAGCCAAGGAGACUUCAGUGAGAUGUCUGAGUUGCAUGCGUUGUCAGCUGGCCUGAAGGCUUUUACCACAUGGGUGGCCACAGAAGGCAUCGAAGUGUGCCGCAUGGCCUGUGGGGGCCAUGGCUACUCUCGCUGUAGCAGGCUGCCUGACAUCUACGUCACCUUCGCUCCCACUUGCACCUAUGAGGGUGAAAAUACUGUCAUGAUGCUGCAGACUGCCAGGUACCUGGUUAAGAGUUAUUCACAGGCAAGUGCAGGGCAGAAGCUCAGUGGCAUGGUAUCCUACCUGAAUGAGUCUCAACAGCACCACCUGCAGGCCCAGCCUGUGACAGCACGCAGCACUGUGGUCAACAUCAACGACCUGACAAGCCUUGUGGAAGCCUACAAGCUAAGGGCUGCCAAGCUGGUAGAGCUGGCAGCUAAAAACCUGCAGCAUGAACUGCAGCUCAAAGCAAGCAAGGAGGAUGCCUGGAACAACACGUCCAUCGAGCUGGUCAGAGCUUCUGACGCUCACUGCCACUAUGUGGUGGUGAAGACAUUUGCAGCCAAGCUGACAGAGGUGCAUGACGCAGCUGUUCACUUGGCCCUGAGCACCCUGGCACUGCUCUAUGCUCUGCAUGGGAUGACCGAAAACUCUGGAGACUUCCUACAGGCUGGUCUGCUGACCGUGCCUCAGUUGUCUCAGGUUUCCCAGCGUGUGAAAGAGCUGCUCUCUCAGGUGCGGCCAAAUGCUGUGGCCCUGGUGGAUGCCUUUGAUUACCGUGAUGAGAUACUUGACUCUGCCCUGGGGCGCUAUGAUGGAAAUGUAUAUGAGAGCAUGUUUGAGUGGGCCCAGAAGUCUCCACUCAACCAAACAGAGGUCCACGAGUCCUACCACAAGUACCUGAAGCCUCUACAGUCAAAACUGUGAGCUAUGGAGGGGGAGACUUUCUUUGAACAGAUGAUCCAUCCAAUUACACAACUACACACUAAACACUAACAAAUGUCAAUCUUCCCUAGUGAGGUAUUUCAAGACUUUUUUUUUUUUUUUUUUUUUUUUUUUAAUUAUUUUGGUUAGC